AACGCGGUUCAAACGUCCUUUAAAUAUAUACAUCGUGAUAUUACUAACGUUUCCUAUAUCUCGUUCCGUUUGAUCGAUUAUAAAUUCGAAAUUAAUUAUCUUCACGAGUUUCUUCUUAUUAUGUACAUUACGCGAGUAUUUUUUUUUUAAGUGAUUUUAUCUUACGUGUUUCAUCGGAUUAUCGAGCUGCAAAAAAAAGGAGGAAGACAAACGACUCGCGAGUGAGCGCAGAACCUAGCCCCGCCGACGAGCAGCAGCAGCAGAUCAGCGCAGAUUCAGCAGGAAGACUUCACCGAGAGUUCAAGGUCCACUUAAUCGUCAUCGUCAACAAAAUAUCUAACGAACUUUAUCAUCGUACACGAAGACACUGCUACAUCUGAUAAAUUUACCAAGCCAGAUUCACCCCACUGCACGGACAUCGUAGAAUGGUAGAAGGUGAACCCGACUCAAAGCACAACAAUAAGUGUGAUGUAAAAGACGAGCGCCCAAACGGUUGUGGUUCCAAGGAACUUGAACUUGCCCGAAUCGGGCCCAAGGAAAAGAACCUAGAUCCAGAGAAAGGAUCUUGCAUCAAAGCCGAUUUCGAAAAGGCCAUCGAACUUACCGAGUAUGGCAAGUUUCAUUACUUCCUGCUCACGGUAUGCGGCUUCGUCAGUACCAGCGAGGAGAUGGAUGUUAUUUCCAUGUCCUUCAUCUUACCAAGUGCACAAUGUGAUCUAAAACUUGAUACCCAAGCUAAGGGAUGGCUCAACUCCAUCAUCUUCAUUGGCAUGAUGGCCGGUGCGUACGCCUGGGGCUCCGUUGCGGAUGCCUUGGGUCGUCGCAAGGUCCUCAUUGCCAUUUCCUUUAUGAACGCCCUUUGCAUCGUUGCCUCCAGCUUUAGUCAGUCCUACGAACUCUUCAUGUUCUUCCGUUUCUUAAAUGGUGCCGCACUCGGAGGAAGUGGCCCGGUCAUCUGGUCGUAUUUCGCAGAGUUUCAACCAAAAUCAAAACGAGGCUCCAUGCUUUCGUUCAUGGCAGCUUUCUGGACACUCGGAAAUCUUUUCGUUGCUGGACUGGCAUGGUUGAUCAUCCCUCAGGACAUCGGUAUCACAAGUGCUGCGUUCACAUAUAACUCUUGGAGAAUCUUCCUGCUGAUCUGCGCUGCUCCGUCGUUCAUCGUGGCGGGGCUGCUUCUGCUGCUCCCUGAAUCCCCCAAAUAUCUUUUAUCAUGCGGAAGAUAUCAAGAAGCUCUUGAUAUCUUUCGUGGUAUCUACGCCAUUAACACUGGCAGAUCUCGCGACAGUUAUACGGUAAAAGAACUGAUUCUCGAUGACUUCCAAGAACCAGAGCCUGUCAAGGCCGACAUCGAGGAAAAGAGUAAAUGCAAGAUGAUGCUCGGUGACAUCCUGGAUAACAGCCGUCAAUUAUUCGUCUCACCGAUACUCCGUUUCACCGUCGUCUCCAUCAUUAUAAACUUCACCUUCCAUAUCGGUUAUUAUGGCUUAAUGAUGUGGUUCCCGGAGUUGUUCAAUCGAUUCGACGAAUUUCAUCGUGAUCAUCCGGGCCAAUCAACGUCGAUAUGUGAGGUCACUGAUUACGUGGUUAACAAGGGCUCGCAUCGUAUUGAAAAUAUUUGCAAUGAUAAAAUCGGUUCUUCCGUUUUUAUGGAGUCACUUAUUACCGUGGCUUCAGCUAUACCGGCAAAUAUCGUUGCCGUUCUGGGAAUGGAUCGUCUUGGUCGCAAAUUUUUCCUUGUGUUCAGUACUCUCUCGUCGGGGCUCUGUUCGAUCGGAUUGUACUUCGUGUACAACAAAUAUCACAAUCUCAUCGUCUCGGCCUUCUUCAGCGGUGUAAUCAGUUGCGGUAACGCUGCAUUAGACUGUCUGAUCACCGAAGUCUUUCCAACUCAUUUACGUGCAACCGGUAUCGCAAUAUCGAUGGUGGCUGCACGUCUCGGUGGUAUUAUUGGUAAUAUCGUUAUAGCACAACUAUUGGACAUGUAUUGUCCAGCACCCACAUUCAUCGUCGCUGGUCUCUUGAUCGGUGGCGGUUUACUGUGCCUAUUUUUACCAAACACAACUCGCGAACCACUUUCUUGACAUUGGCUAAAAAAAUCGACGUUGUGUUCUUCGACGAGUCGUGUACAGUCUGUCUUACAUGCAUUUUCUUUCGUUGCAAUACUUUUUGAUAUUUUUCGUUAUCACAACUACGUACGAGUUAUAGUACGUACACUAAUAUAUUAUCAUAUUAUUAAUAAUAUUUUCCUUGCAUAAGGAACGUCCGCAGAAAAAAAAAAGAAGAAAAAAAAGAAAAAUAGAAAAAGAAAAAAAAAAGAGGAAAAAACAUUUAUUUAAAUAAUAAUUAAGUAGCGACGCGUACAUGGAUAUAGAAUAAAAUGGAAGGAGAGUUCGUUUCACGAAAGAAGUAUUCGCAAGUAUUACUUAUAUGACUAUUAUAUGUAUGUUUAGAACGAAAUUGAGACGACAGGCUCAAUUUCUCAUUGAUAUUAUUCAAUUAGAA